AUGAGAGGCUUGGCGAGAGAUGGACUCGCCCCAAUAGCAAGCGAGAAGCCUGAGAAGCACCGAUAUAUGUGUGAUGCCAAUUUUCAAAGGAACACUUUUGUGGCGAUGUAUAUCCAUAGCACAUCUGUUACCUGGUCAUCCUGCGUCGAGAGAAGUUUCGGAAAAUCUACAUCGGCUCCUGACAUAGUGCCAACAUGCUUGACUUCUACUCUCCAACCUCGAAUCGCUCGUGCUACACAUACUCUACCGACGGCCCCAAUCCUUCUACCUCUUCGUCUCGGUCAGCCUGUGGCUCAUCAACCGGUUCUUCAGAUUCGACCUGGUCCUCAUCCACUUCGCCAUUGCCUUCGUGCGAUGACAAUGUAUCCGGUCCAUCAGGCAUUUUGUCAAGCAAAUUAUGUUCACUUACACCUGACUAGUAUCGGGAGUUCGACGUUCAGAGCUAGUGACGAGGCCUCUCUCGAUCCAGAUAGCCUCAGCAUCAUGCCGUAG